GUUCUAAAUUUUUCCUUUUUUCGGGGGGCAUUGAGUUAAGGGAGAAUCUCCUUGGUUCCACCAUAUCUUCUCUCUUUCUCUCUCAUGGCCUUAGAUAUUAAGAACCCACACCUCUUAUCAUAGUCCAAAUAUUUGUUGAAAUGCUUCAGAGAACUUUCAUGUCAAAGGGAAAACUUUGAUUUGAGUUUUGGUUGAGCUUUGAGUUAGAACAACUCUUUUUUUUAAAGUUUGUUUAAAGUUCUUGGUCUUCAAAGUUACAUAGAGGGAUUGGUGUUGUUUUAACUGGAUCAUGGAGAGUGGAUGCUCAAAGAAGCUGGAAGAAGAGAAACUGGAGCUGAGGCUUGGUCCACCAGGUCAAGAAGAUAGAAGCAGGUUCAUUAAAAACAGCCACCAAGAGAGAGAUGAGGCUUUGCUUUCAUUUGGGUAUUUUCCUUCAAUGAAAAGCAAUGCAAACCAGGCACAGAAGUUCCCUCCGUCGGAGGAUCGCCGUGUUGGGUCAGUUUUGGCUUCUCCGUGGGCCAAAAACCACCACCAAAACCAGCCAGAGCACACAGCUAUGCCUCCCAACUGUUCUCAAAAACGGAUUGCUUCUGGUCCAGUUGUGGGUUGGCCACCGGUUCGUUCCUUCAGGAAGAAUCAUGGAACCCCGAGUUCUUCGAAACCGGCUUCUGAUCCACCAAGAGGUCUCCCUCACAAGAUUGCCAGUGAGAAAAAACCGGCAGGGACUGAACCUAAUGUUAAAGGCCUAUUCGUGAAGAUCAACAUGGACGGAGUUCCGAUCGGAAGGAAAAUCGAUCUCAAAGCCUACGAUAGCUACGAUAAACUCUCGACUGCCGUUGAUGAACUCUUCAUGAGGCUUCUUGCAGCUCAAAGAGAUCCAUCUGCUGGUAGAGUGAUGAACAAGCAAGAGGAAGAGAAACCUAUUACUGGUGUAUUGGAUGGUAAUGGUGAAUAUACACUUGUUUACGAGGAUAACGAAGGCGACCGGAUGCUCGUCGGCGAUGUCCCGUGGCACAUGUUCGUAUCGACGGUGAAACGGCUGCGUGUGUUGAAGAGCUCGGAACUCUCCGCGGUUAACCUUGGAAGCAGUAAGAAGGGAAAGACUGGGGGAAGCUAGAGCCACUUCCAUUUGAAGAUUGCCCAUCAAAGUUUGAAGAAAAGAGGCUUGGAAUUACGUUCACGAGU